AUGGGUUUCAAAUAUCGAUACCUUUGUGAUCUACUCGAAGACCUGGAAAGUGGCAGAGCAGCCAAAGUGUCAGCCGCAACCCCGAAGGAUAAUCCAAGUAUCCGCAUAGUUUCCCAGUGGUUUACAAAACACGAGCAAGCUAUACAAGAUGCUGGAACAGACAGAGUCAAGUUGCUCUCAUGCAUGUUUCCCGAAAAGCGCACUGAUCGGGUAUACUGGUUGAGGGAAAAGUUUCUAUCCUCGAUUAUCGGUCGAAGUUUGAGGCUGGGAUCGACACGGCUCCAAGAACUCAAUCGAUGGCAGUCAUCCGGGAAUUCCGAUCUUGCCUGCUGCGCCGAGAAAGUGAUGCGUCAAGCAGAGAACUCUAUAUGCCCAGCGCAGGAGCUGACGGUGGAAGAGAUUGACUGCGCCAUGGAGAUGAUUGCAUCACGAUGCCGCUUCUCUGGCCCUCAGAUUCGACGCAAUCGCUCAGCAGUGGAUCACGAGUCGAUCCUAUCAUCAUUAUAUCUUCGAUCAAAUAGCCGGGAUGCCAAAUGGCUCACUCGCAUGAUCUUGAAAUCCUACGCCCCGGUCGUGUUUCCGGAGCAUUAUACACUGAAGAAGUUCCAUUUCUUAUUGCCACAUCUUUUCCGACUGCAAAACUCUUUCGAUGGUGCGCUGGACAUGCUUGCUUCUGAGCCGAUCAAUAAAUUUCCCCCAAAUCCCGAUCCAACAUCUGCCAGAAAGCUUAGUGCCAUUGCAAUGCAGCACUUGCGGCCUCGAGUUGGUAUCAAGGUAGGGCGCCCAGAAUAUUAUAAAGCUCGAAGUAUUAAACAUUGCCACCAAAUGGUCAAUGGUCGACGUAUGAGCAUCGAACGAAAGUACGAUGGUGAAUAUUGUCAGAUACAUGUGGACACGUCCAACAAAUGCUCCCCAAUUCAAAUCUUCUCCAAGAGCGGCAAGGACUCAACCGCAGAUAGAGAGAAGGUUCUGCCUGUGGUAGAACAAGCCCUUGGAUUGGGAGGUCCUGACUGCAAAAUCACAGGACGCUGCAUUCUCGAAGGGGAAUUGCUUGUAUGGAACGACGAAGACUGCGAGAUCAUGGACUUCAGCAAACUUCGGAGGCUGCUUCCAAGAUCUGGAGUUCUGAUGGGCGUUGACAAUGACUCGCCGUAUGUAACCCGUGUCAAUGAGAAGAUGACAUGCGCUAACCCACGCAGGCCACAACCCUUCGAACACUUGAUGAUCAUGUUCUUUGAUAUCCUUAUGCUUGACGAUGAUAUUUGUCUCGCCAAACCCCAACGGGAAAGACGAUUACUACUUCAAAAGGUAGUAAAGAGAAUCUCAGGGCGAUCUGACCUUGCUCAUCAAGAGGUCCUUGACUUUGGCCGGGAGGACAGUUAUCAUCGCCUUGAAAGAAGCUUCGAAAAGGCAAUCACUCAACGAUGGGAGGGGUAUGUUUUGAAGGCUUCUGACGAGCCCUAUUUUCCGAUUUAUUCAACUGGUGUCAAUCAUAUGUUUGGACGGUGGAUCAAGCUGAAAAAGGAUUAUAUCCCUGGGCUUGGAGACACCGUUGACCUCGCCAUAAUUGGCGGAAGCUAUGUCUCUCGGGAUGUGCAAAGUCUCUCACAAAUCAAGAACUUGAAGUGGACUCAUUUUUUUCGUCGGCUGUCUUCUCAACAAAGAAGGAGUACAGGCGGAUAG